AGCAGAACUCAAGGAUGCUUCCUGCUUUCUUUCUAGUCGGACCUCGCGAUGAGCUUGGAGGCAUCAUUCCGGAAGACAGCCUUCCUACCAACUACUUCAGCAGUGGCACGAUGGGCGGUCUGCUCCAAUCUCUAUCUGCGGCAACUGAGACCGAGAAGACCGUCGUCUUCGGUCAUUGGACGUUGUUCUUGGAUCUCGUAGAAGGUCGACUGAAGCAGGAUGGCUUCAAACUCUGUAGAGUAGAGGGAAAGAUGAACGCUCAACCGGCAGAUGCGGCUCUCGAGUCGCUGCAAGUCGAUGAUGAGACAACCAUCAUGCUUGCGUCGCUAGGUGUAUGUCCGGUUAGUCUCAAACUCACCGCUGCGAACAACGUACCUCCUAGUCCUUUGCGAUACGUGGUGGGCAAAUGCCAUUGUCUCGGCCAAAAGAAAGAGAUCCGCGCGUUCCUUCUCGUGAUGGACAAGUCCAUCGAGAGGAGCACAUGUUUAUAACAAAUAAG